CUGUGUGUUACAGUUUUUGCUGGAGUAUGUUAUGUUGUGAAAAUUGGUGUUAAUUGUUAUAUUAAUCAAGUGUUCCCUAUUUCUGUUCAACAGUAAUAAAUUUAAUCGUUAAGAUGUCGGAUAGUGAAGCAACUAAAAUAAAUCUUGCAGCUCUUCGGAAAGUAGAUUCGACCAUAUCAUCUAUAGUUGAGGGGUCGAAUCAAGUUGCUUUGUAUAAGUAUCUAUCUGAAGAAAGCAGAUGGGAAAAAACUGAUAUUGAAGGUACACUCUUUGUGUAUGUGAGGUCUAACAAGCCUCAACAUGGUUUUAUGAUAAUGAACAGACUUAGUACAACUAAUUUAGUUGAACCUAUUACAGAAAAAUUAGAAUUUCAAGAUCAAACUCCAUUUCUUUUAUACCGUAAUGGUGAAGGUGAUAUUUAUGGUAUUUGGUUUUAUGAAGACAAAAAUUGUGUGAAAGUAUAUAAACUUUUAUCGAGCUUAUCACAAUUAGCAUUUAAUAAAAGUGACAAGUCAAAUAGUAUUAGACAAAGGUCUUAUUCUGAAAGCAAUCGGAAGCAACAGAAACCAGGAAAUGCUCAAAUGGAUAUCAUAUCUCUUCUUACACGUGCUCAGGAUGAAUAUGAUAAGAAAUCUGCAGCUAAAGGUACAUCCAAAGCUUCAAAAAACAAUCAGCAUGCUUCAAAUGGUGAUAUUGUUAAGCCUACUCCUGUUCGUGUGAAUGGUGCUACAAAAAUAAAUACAAAUACUCCCCUGACUUUGGGAAUGCUGUUUGCUCAAGCUGGAGGUAUAGAAAAGAAACCAAACGAGAAUGCUAAGGACUUUGAUGCUCGUGUGAGGUCUUUCACUGCCAGCAGUUGUAAUAUGCUUCCAAAUAAUUCUGCAAUGAAUACAGAAUCAAUCCUUCAAAACUUGCUGUCAAAUUCAGCGCACACUCUGCAACAUAUUGAAGGGAUGCAAAGGACUGAGAACUCUCAGCCAAGCAAGGAAACCAGAGCUCUUUCAGUAAAUGAUCGAAUUAUUUCCGUACAAAGCUUAGAAAAAGAUUUGAAAGAAAAACUGAAUAUAUUGCCUAAAUCGGAAGGUGAUAUAAAUGCAGACUAUGCAAUUAUUGCUUCUCAACCGACCAAAAGUGAGCCUAUCGAUAUACCAAUCCUCACUCCGGCCAUGUUGCAUUCAAAUUCAUUUUCAUCUGUUCCAGCAGCUCCUGCUGGCUCAUUCCUGGAAAAAGCUGAAGGAUUUUAUGAUAACAAUACUGAUUCAUUUCCAAUAAUAAAGGAAUGCAAAUCAUUUUCACCCAGCCAGCUGUUAUCACCAAUGGAUUUCACUGGUCCCUGUCGUAAAAAAAAUGUACAGCCAUCCCUUCUCUCAUCAUCAUAUUCUCCUGAACCAGGAUCAGUACUUCUUAAUGGUAAUGGAAAUAGUCAUGAAGAUUUGCUUAAUCCUCAAAGUUUAAUCAAUGGCCAUAUAGCAGGAAAUUUACAACCUGCUGGCAAACUCACUGUUACUCCAUUAAAUAAGGAUCAGUUCAAAGAAGCAUUAAUAUAUAUGCUGCAGAAUGAUGAUGCUUUUGUGAUGCAGUUACAUGAAUGCUAUGUAAAAAGCUUGAAGACUCAACUAAAUUCUCUUAAUUCAACUUAAUGAGCAUAUGAAGAGUCUCUUGCAAACUACAUACAUGACAAGAUGUUGGAAAAGCUACAAUGAUUCUUUGUUCCUAAUACACCAAUAUUGGUGUGAAUUACCACACUUUCUUUAUUCUUUUUGACUUCUAAUAUGAAGUUUUUAUUUUUCCUUCUCAUUGCUUCUUAAUUGAACAGGUUAUAUCUUUCCUUUUAAAGAAAUCAAGCUUUGAAAGUUUGGAACAAAGUCUUAUGUUUCUACAUUUUUUUCCCCUUCUUUUUUUCCUUUAAUGAAGAAGUAUGAAUUUGUACUUAACUUACAUUUGAAUCUUCUUGUAACUUGUUAAUUGCAUUACCAAUGCAAAUCAGUGAAAAAAAAACAUUUUAAAUUUAGUUUUCUUUUGUUGGACAUGUAAUUUAGUGAUCUAGAGCUUUAUUUUAGAAAGUUUAUUACAAAACAGUUGAGUUUUUGUUGGCAGUAUUCUAUUCAUUACAUAUGAGUGUCUGCAACAUUUUGUGUGAGAUUUUGUAAGAAUUCUUAUAGAAAGUUCUUUACUAAUAUUCAUUCAUUGAAAGCUUUUUUAAGAUUUAACAUGUUAAAUCUGAUUUUUUAAUUGAUGAUUCAUUAAUUUAUUUUAAUAA